AUGGGCACCCGUCAAGAACAUUACACAAUGAACUCAAGCUACCCACCACCACCCUCAGUAGAAGAAGACCAUGCCGGCUCAGCUGAAUCACAUCUCCCUCAAGACCUCAUCUACACAAUCAUGAACGACUAUCCCGAAGCGUACCGCGAAUACGAAAACAUUAUCCACGACUUCAACCACAAAAGCGAUGAUACGCUUCAUAACCUGCAAUCUAAUUCCGACGACGACGAAAGCGACCAGGAAGAACCAUCAGAGGAAUACGAAACGCCUCCAGCUACACCAGAACAUCCACCCGUGUCUAUCAAGAGGGAGGUGCAUCAAUACACUGUACCCCUGACAGCAGGGCAGACACAGCAUCGACAGCACCAUAUGCCCCAACUCCCCGCUAUUGUUGUCAACGAGCAUGUCCAACCAAUUGCUGCGGCUCCAACACAUCUCGUACAACCAGCGUACGGGCAGCAGAUCUACGAACGCAGGUCUAUCAACGGGCCCAUCUACCCGCGCCAGGCUUACCGUGAGCACCGGUCUGAGUGGGAUAUGUAUGAUCAACAAGAAUACGAACAUGGACAUGGACAUGGACAUGGAAGAAGUGGUGGAAGGAGACACGGUGGCUAUAACAGCGUAGCAGACGAAAGACGACAGCGUCGCUGCCAGAGACCAAGAGAAUUGUACCCGAAUUAUGAAGAGGAGUAUAUGCGAGCACGUGCUGAGAACAUUAGAGCAGCUUGGGCGUUUGAAGCGCUGUCUCAAGCUUUCAGAAUCACGAGGCAGAUUGAUGGUAAGAUGUCUGCAUUGAAGGCUUUGUUAGCGCAGGUUUUGCGCGAGAGGUUUGGAGAGGGGAUGUAA